AUGGAGCGGGAGGCACUAGAGGAGGCCUGUGACGAGGUCGUCGCCGCACAGGAGAAUGCCGACCGCUUGGAACGGCUCACAACGAAGCGCGACCAAGCAUCAAGGAGGCGCGCUGCCGAGCUGGCCGCUCGCAAGGAGCAACUUGCCCGGCGCGAGCAGCAGGUUGCUUCACGAGAGGAGGCGGCCAGCGAGAGGGAGGAGGCCAUGCGGUUUGCACAGGCGGACCUCUGCCGCCAGAACGAUGAUCUUGAGCACGGACGCGCCGACCUGCUCCACCGGGAGGAGCAGGUCGCUCUGCGUGAGAUGGAGGCUGACUUGGCAUCGUCAGCGCUUGCCGCCUGGGAGGAGCAGGUCGCACGACGUGAGGUGGAUGCCGAUUUGGCGUCGUCAGCACUCACCGCCCGGGAGGAGCAUGUUGCCAACCAGGAGGUCGACUUAACCGCCCGAGAGCAGGCUAUGAAGGCCCGGGCCGAGCAACUGGAGCAGACCCGGAUUGAGGCGGCUGCCCGACUCGAGCAAGUACGGGCCGCGAAGGGUGUCCCUGCCAUCACCACCGACAGCAGCAGUCUCGAGACUCGACUGAAGAACGCCGAGGAGGAGCUUGAUACCGUCUUUCAAGAGUGGAUAAAUGUAAAGCUGAUGAUGUGGGAUAUCCUUCGGCAGGCGCGGGACUUCGUGGAGGCAGCCGGGCUCAGGUGUGUGUCUGUGGGUUCCCAGGGGCUGGAAAUGGAAACAAUAGGCCAUCUCGCCUUGGGGUUCUCCGAGAUUGCCCGGCGCCUCAACGCUCUCUCUGCCGUUGUACAGGAGCUGGCGACUCGGGAGGAGUGUGCGCUGGCCCAAAGUGUGGCCGAGCACAUUCUCGCUAGCUACAGCAGCCGAGACCCUGCCUUCCCACUGGAGCCAGCUCGGCAGGGUGUGGUUGAGGUAGAGGAAGCUGCCGCCCUGGCGGCCGUCCGUGACGUCGCCACAGUGGUGGCGGAAUCUUUUUUGCGGGAGCCUGGCCCGAGCAGUGACAGCAGCAGGAAAGCGUGCCCUCCUCCUUAG